AUCCGAAGGUCUGAUUUUGGCUUUCCCACGUGGUUCUCUGCUGGAGCAAAGAGGCUCAUCACUGGCAUUUUGCAGCCCAACCCCAAACUGAGGUAUCGGUAUCAGGAGAUAAAGAAGGAUGCAUGGUUCCGCACCAACUAUGUUCCCGUGCCGGUCCCUGUUGAUACUGCUGACGACAACAUGAACGAUGUUGAUGCUGCCUUCGGUGCUGCUCCUGCUGCUCCUGCUGCUGCUGCUGCUCCUUCUGGUGCUGUCAAAUCCGCUGCUCCUGGUGGUGCUGCUUCUGGCACUGCUUCUGGUGCAGCCAAGUCUGCUGCCGGCAGUGCUGUUAGUGCUGGUAGUGCUGGCAGUGCCCUUGCUGGUAGUGAGAAUGCUACCGGGACUUGCAAGGGCAGUGGUUCAAGUGUGGGCACCAGUGGUUGUGCUACCUGUGCUGGACAGCAGCAGCAGCAGCAGCAGCAGGUUCAGACCGGUUCAGAAGGUCCUGGGGACCUGAAGGGUUCACACAGAGGGGGGUUGUCUUGUCAGCUGGGAGGGUUGACUCCUACGCUCAACCACAAGAGUGGAAGAGGAGUGGAGCACACUCCAUAUGCUGGAGAUGUGGAGAUGUCACCUGCUGUGGCCAGGCACUCUGUUGUUGCUGCUGUCGUUGUGGAGGUCUUUGUCAUUCUCCCCGGCCUCCUUAUGGUGGAGAUGCGGCAUGAAUCAGGGGGCACACAGGAGUCUAUCCAGUGUUUGCCAUUCUCCCCGGCCUCCUCGUGGUGGGGAUGCGGCACGAAUCGGGCGGCUCACAGGAAGCCUUGCAGAUCCUCCCUUAGCAACUUUGCCAUCCUCCCCGUCCUCCCCAUCUUCCUCAUGAUGGAAAUGCGCCUGGCACUACGCGCCAAGCUUCAAGACCUGAUCGCAGCCCCACACACCCCAAACACAGCAAAAACGGCAAACGAUAAAAGCAGCAAGGGCAAGGGCACAGGGCUUAAGCAAACCCGACCGCGCCAGCUUGCUGCUUAUCCCCGCAUGGGGAUCAUCCCCCGUGUGUAA